UAAGAUGUUUUGGACCGACUGGGGCAGAAAGCCCAAGAUUGAGAUGGCGUGGAUGGAUGGGCAGCACAGAGAGGUGCUGUUAGACGAGGAUCUGGCUUGGCCUACUGGUAUAGCUUUGGACUAUCUGAAUGAAAACCGGAUCUACUGGUGUGACUCAAAAGAAAACAUCAUCGAAUCGAUGAAAGAGGACGGAACAGAUCGGCAGAUGAUCAUAUCAGGAGAUAUCGGUCACCCCUACAGUCUGGAUGUGUUCGAGGGACACGUGUACUGGACGACUAAAGACAAGGGGGAAGUGUGGAAAAAAGACAAGUUUGGGAAAGGAGACAAGGUGAAGGUGUUGACCAUAAACCCCUGGCUGACUCAAGUACGCAUCUAUCAGCAGCACCGACACAACCACUCAG